AUGGGGAGCUACACAUUUACAUGGCCGUACAAUGCGAACGAAGUGUUUGUCACCGGCACGUUUGAUGACUGGGGCAAGACAGUCAAACUGGAUCGCGUAGGCGAUGUCUUUGAGAAGGAAGUUCCGCUGCCAGUGACGGAUGAGAAGGUGCACUACAAGUUCGUCGUUGACGGCAUCUGGACCACCGAUAACAGAGCUCCCGAAGAAGACGACGGCAGUAGCAAUAUCAACAACGUUCUCUAUCCCGACCAAAUUCUUAAAGACUCAACCACACCUUUAUUGAACGGCACUGCAGCUAUGGCCGGUGUCACGCCAGGCUCGACUACCGCUGCAUUGGCAGCCGGAGUCCCCAAGGAGUCCAGCAGCAAGCAUGGACAGAAUGGAUACUAUCCCACUAUCUCGUCGGCCGCACCGGGUUCGACGACCGCAGCUCUCGGCCAGGAUGUGCCGCUGGAGCAGAGGGCCAAUGUUCCCGGCUCGUUUCCGGUUACCCCAGCCAGCGAAGCUGACAAGUUCUCUGUGAACCCAAUUCCGGCGUCUAGUGGUGCGGGAAACCCGAUCAAGCUGAACCCGGGCGAGAAGGUGCCUGAUUCCAGCACGUUCAACACGAACACUAUAUCUUCGACCGCCCGUACCGACCGGGCCGGCUAUGAGCAGGGCACCAGUGGUGGAUUCCCCGGCAGCCCUGCUUAUGAUGCGAGUGCCUUUGCGAUCCCCCCGGUGUCCAAGAAUAUGAUCCCAGAGUCUAGUCUGCCAAUGGGUGAAAACCAGGGAGCUACGGAGCCUACCUACACGAUCCAGUCGGCUGCGCCUACGUCUACGACUGCUGGGCUCGCUGCUGCUGUUCCACUGGAGUCACAGCGACAAACAAGCAGCGGAGCGCCUACGAGAGAUGUCCCGGAUGUGGUGAGGCAGUCGAUGUCUGAAGCCCACCGGGACCCUGAAGCAGCCACCAACAAGGAGGCUGUUGAUGAGAAGAAAGAGAUGGAAGAGGAACUUCGAAGAAAGGUUCCGGUGGACAACUCUACUGGUGCGCCGGCACCUACCACUGUUGCUGGGCUUGGUACUUCAUCUGGACUUGGAUUUACCGCUGGGGCUGCUCCUUCGACCAACCUUGGUCCUUCCACUGGCCUUGACGUUGCCACUGGUAUGGGUACCACUACUGGUCUUGACUCUGUGUCUGGGCCUACCGCUGCACAGAGCUUUCAGAAAGAGACAACUAGCGGGUUGCCGGCGCACGAUGUCCCAGAUGUGGUGAAGCAGUCGAUCUCUGAAGCUCAUAAGGACCCGGAGGCAGCAGGUGUCGAGGAGGCCGUCGGAGAGAAGAGAGAAGUUGAGGAAGAGCUUCAACAGAAGGUCCCUGUGAGCAACCAGUCUGGCACACCAGCACCUGUGAUCACUGCUGCCACUUCAGAGACAGCACCAGGAUCUGGCGCUGAACCUGCUUCCGAGAGGGCACCGCGGGCUACUGGCGGUGGGCCUGCUUCGGCCCAAAUCUCUCCCCGGGCCACUACCCCAACCGAUGGGCCCACGGUGACCACCGGGGUUGCCACAUCGAAGGCUCCUGAAGAGUCGGGACCUGGCGCAUCUGGCCGUGAGGAGACGACUGAGAUUCCGACGAAGCCCGCUGCUGGUGCGACGGGAGCCAGUGCGACCAAGACCGUCGACUCUGGCGUGGAGAGUGGCAUUGCUCCCGAGGACACAACAUCCGCUCCGACAGCUGGUGCCACGGGGGCCAGUGCAACGAAGACUGCCGAUCCCACCGAGACCAGCGGUGCACCGACCAGUGGUGCCAGUAAGCCAGCAGAGUCCGCGCCGACCAACAACGCGGCCGCCACAUCGAAGCCGGCUACCAACAACGCCGCUGGGGCGGCGACGAAUGGCAAGGAAGAGAAAAAGAAGAAGGGCUUUUUCUCGCGACUGAAGGAGAAGCUGAAAUCGGUUUAA